GCCAUAUAGGAGAGAGGAGGCCAGAAGAGAGGAGCAGCGGCUCGUGUUGCUCACAGGCGCAGCAAGAUUCGGCGUUCGUGUGAACCACGAUCCAAAAGGGUGGAUUACAGUAGCAUCCUCGAGACUGCGGCAGGAAGGAGAGCGAUCCGUAGUCUACAUACCAGCACAACUUCGGUCGGUACUGGGCCUAUUCGGAACAUUAUCCCGGAAUCACGGCUUGUCGUGCAUGCACUUCAGUACGUAACCCACCGGGAUAAAGUCUAGACUAAAUUGUACACUUCGUGGCAUUCAUGAUGAUGGCGAGGCGCCCACAGGCAUACCAAUCGAACAACGGCGAGGACAGCAUGGAAGCUCUGUCCACCAAGCUAAGUGCAGAUCUUAGAGGCAACAUUCGGGCGCUGGGGGCGUUUCCUCUGCUCUCUGAUGAAUGGUGUAAAAUGGCGACCGCUCUAGGCAGGAUAGCUGAAAUUUCGGAGGCGGAGGCAAGACUAACUCAAGACUGCAUUGAGGGAGAACGGAAGGAAGGAGAAAGAAAGGACUGUCCAAAGACGCUAUGGGAAGGCGAAGAGAUGGCGUUGCGCUACGUCCUGGAGGACGGAAAGCUCAACGUGUGUCUUCGGAACCUGUCUGAGUGGAGAAAAUUCCAUCGGAACAGGCGUGACGGCGGUGGCCAGGCAGGCGAGGACGGACCGUUGGUGCUCGAAAGCUUGGACUCUUUCGAGAAGGGCAUGGGGACCGUUCUUCGGAACGCAUGGACCCACGUCGAGGCCCUCCAGACCACGGACAUCCCAUUGCUUGUGGAGUACGUUACCGGGGUGUAUAGGGACGCAGCUGACAACCCCGGUGCUGUCGAGGACAUGAGCUUGAGAGGAGACUUGGCGGGACGUCAGGAGAUAGUGUGCCUCAGCUACUUGCGAGGGCUGGUUUCGUGCCUAAGCGACUACGAGGAGGGCCGAGUCAUGCCGCACCUCAGGGGAGCCGAAACCGUUUCCUGCCUGGCGGCCAUGCUGCACGCUAACCACCGGCACCUCGGGAUGGAAGCCGCGGCGGUAGGGGCGGAGGCUCUGGCGUUCGUGUGCGGCACUGAGGACUUCAUCACGUACCGGGAAGAGUAUAUCAACGAUGCGGCGAGGGUCGCGUUCGCGAGUCUCAAGGAAGAUUUCGUUGAGAAGCUGUGCGAAGAUUCCCAGGAGCGGAAAAUACUCAGGCCCCUGCUGGACGCAAUUUCCUACUGUCGCCGCAAGAGCUCGCGAAAAUGAUUGAAGUUUCUUCCACUCUACCGGCAAGGUUUCCUUCCUCGAGGCUCGCGCGAAGGGGCGACAACAAGAGCAAAGCGGGCUCUAGCGUUUGGCAUUAGCAUGGUGGUUGGUUGACGACUCUUCACAUUCGCGACGCGGGAGACUUCUCAACGGCAAUUGUAGACUUGACCCUUGGGGGAAGGGACAUAUGGUGGGCGAGACGGGGCCGGGUCGGGUGGGUGCAGGGUGGGGGACGGAAGCUAUGCCAAGUAUCCGGGUUUGAAGGGAACGUCUGCGGUAUGGCUUGACACCUCUCCCAUCGCCUCAACAACCCCCACCAAGCUCCCGCGAACAGCACGACUGGUGUGCGACACGCGGCCAGCUUGUUCUCGGAACUUGUUGGCACCAACCUUCCACAAGUGUGGCUUACACUUUUGCGCGUAACCUGUGGUAUCGACACCACGCGCAGCCUACGCGGUGAUCCUCUACCUACAGUCAACGGUAGUUUGCCGCUUACCUGGGCGACGGAGCCCAGUUAAGUCUUGUGGUCGUUU